UGUUUUCCACUUUCAAUCACUUUUUUCUCCCGGUCCUUCUCACAAGGCGCUCUUUAAGCUCCGGUGUUGCCACACAGAGCAGCCAUUCAUCGGCUCUACAGUCAGCCACACACACUCCCAUGUUCAACCUCUGGACGACUAAACUGGCAUAGCUACCUUUGCUGGGAAGGAUUUCCAGUCGAGCGCGGAAAGGAUUUGGAUACUUUUACGCAGCAGAAUGGCUUUGCCCGAGAAGAGUCAGAAGUAACUGGGAUCAUUGUAGACGCCAGACUUAUUCAAUUAAAACCGUCUCAUUACACUGAAUAGUGUGGACUCGCCCCGAAACAAUCCGAUUUUGUCUUCGACGUCUGCCUUGUCGCAAAAGUGAAAGAAAACAUGUCCGGCGAGGAGCACAGCCUGUCCGAGGCGGAGCUGAGUCCCGGAGGGUCAGACGACGGUCACUCGCUGUCGCCGACUCAACCCGGGGCGCCCCGCGGCCGGGACUCCCCCGUGACCGGGCAGCAGCUGACCACGCUCUGCGUGGCGGACGGCAGCGGGGACGACGGAGGGAGAGCCAAGUCGGAGGAGGAGGACGACCGCUUCCCCAUCGGCAUCAGGGAGGCGGUCAGUCAGGUGCUGGACGGAUAUGACUGGACACUCGUGCCCAUGCCGGUGCGCAUCAACAACGGAAACAAGACGAAGCCCCACGUCAAGAGGCCGAUGAACGCCUUCAUGGUGUGGGCGCAGGCGGCGAGGAGGAAGCUGGCCGACCAGUACCCCCACCUGCACAAUGCGGAGCUCAGCAAGACCCUCGGCAAACUCUGGAGGUUGCUGAACGAAAACGACAAGAGGCCAUUCAUCGAGGAGGCGGAGAGGCUGCGGAAACAGCACAAGAAGGACUACCCUGAGUACAAGUACCAGCCCCGGCGACGCAAAAACGGCAAACUGAUGCCCGCCAGCGAGUCUGACGGCCAGGGGGAAGGGGAGGCCAGCCAUUCCCAGUCACAUUACAAGACUCUGCACCUGGAGCACAACGGUGGGGCGGGAUCUCCCCUGGGUGAACUCCACCACCACCACCAUCACCACCACCAUUCUGGUCAGGGUCACAGCCCUCCCACACCCCCCACCACUCCAAAGACAGAGCUCCAGUCUGGCAAACUGUCAGAUGCCAAGCGGGAGGGAGCAGCGGGAGCAGCUGGAGGGUCAGGGGGCUCCAGGGGAGGCCUCGGGGUGGGACCUGAAGGAGCCCCCAGCGGUCCACCAUCGUCGGGCGUCAAACCCCACAUCGAUUUUGGCACGAUGGACAUCGGGGAGAUCAGCCACGAGGUGAUGUCCAACAUCGAGCCGUUCGACGUGAACGAGUUCGACCAGUACCUCCCGCCCAACGGCCACCCGCAGAGCGGGAGCGGCGCCGCCGCCGCCGCGGCCGGGUCCUCGGCCUCGUCCUACGCCUACGCCCUGGCUGCAGCCAGCGGCCACUCGGCCUGGCUCUCCAAGCAGCAGCAGCAGCCGCAGACGUCGCCGUCGUCCGCCGAUCCCUCCAAGGCGCAGAUAAAGAGCGAGUCCGCGUCCGGGAGCCACUACGCCGAGGCCUCGUCCUCGCCAACCUCAGGCGCCCACGUGACCUACACCCCCAUCGGCCUCCCUCACUACGGCUCCGCUUUCCCCUCUCUGGCCUCCAGGGCUCAGUUUGAGUACGGGGAGCACCAGGCCCCUGGGGCAUACUAUACCCACUCGAGCCAGGCCCCAGGGCUGUACUCAGCCUUCUCCUAUAUGGGUCCUACACAGAGGCCUCUGUACACUACCAUAGGAGACCCCUCCAGCGUGGCCCCCUCCCACAGCCCCACACACUGGGAGCAGCCUGUUUACACCACACUCACAAGACCUUGAGGGAGACCAGCUGAGCAGAGGGAAAUACUGUGUGGGAAGCGAGUGGGUCCUUGCAUGUGUGUGUGUGUGUGUGUGUGUGUGUGUGUGUGUGUGUGUGUGUGUGUGUGCGUGCGUGUGUGUGCGUGUGUUGGUGCGCACGAGCAUGCAUGUGAUUGAGUUUAUGUGUGUGUGUGUGUGUAUGUGUGUGUGUGCUUGUGCCAUAUUGAUGAUAAAUCAGAGGUUUUUACUUUUUUAGCCAAUAUAAUGCAAGGCGCAUUCACGGGGCCUUACACAAACACACACAAAACCAACAGCCACAUCCACGCAGUGGAAUAAGGGGUCAAUCACAAAAUAAAUUAAACUUAACAAACAUGUGCCAUUAUAAAUAUGUGUGUUGGGACGUACACAGGCAGUAGAUGAACAAGACACUAGGUGGACUCUGAUUUGACCCUGAAGCGAUGGGUUUACACUGACAUUAUCAGACUGUAUUAACCAAACUAAAGGAUGUUUUUGAUGUUAUUGUGUUAUUUUAUAUGAGUAGUAAGUUUAUUGUUGUUGUUGAUAUCUUAGGGUGUAACUUUAUUGUGAGUGAUUUGAUAUUACGCUUAAACAUCUGCACCACUGCUUUGGGAAAAAAACGUGUUUUGUGUUAACAGGAUGUUCCCUCCAGUUGCUUAUGUUUGUGGCCAGAUAAAGGAUAAGUGCAACCUUUUUUCUUUGUAGAUAGCUCAUUUCUGUCGUUUCUUUAUGUUGACUCUACUGAACUAAACAAAUAAGCAUUUAAGGGGAAUAUAGGAACAAGAGAGGGAAAGAAAGCUUCUGAAGAUGUAUUUCAGCCUAUUGCUCAGUCUUUGACACUUACCUCAACUCUAUUCAGUCUGUGCCAAUAGCAAAUGAUGAAUCUGACAUCUGAAACCUGAUCGUGUGUCAGAAGUCUGCUGGUGUUGCUUUCUAACAUUUUGCCAAUUCACAUCUGACUUAUCUUGUAACUGUAGUCUAUCAGUACAAUUCCCAACCACAUGUCUUAAAUAACUGGACGCCUUUUGGUUCAACCUAAGGAUUAAAAUCACACAUAACUUUCCUGCAUUGCAUGUAAGCCAAAAGCAUGUUUUCAUCUGUGCAGUGUUGCUAUUAUGACUCUAAGUUGCCCUUUACCUCUUCAGCAAUGUGAAUAAUGGUCAUUACCACAGGCUUCACCUUUAUUAUGUGAUGCAUACUUUACCAAGUUAUACUGACCCUCUUAUCAUGUAAGUAAUAAUGCAUUGUGUGCCACACUUCUGCUUCCUCCAUUUUGUAUAAUUCAGAAUAGUUUUGUAAAGUGUUUGCUAUACAUCCACUUGAGUAUUUUGCUUCCUUACAAGAAAAGCAAUGUUGGAAUAUUAUUGUUGUCAUUUAUUAAAUCAAUUUAUUUAUAAA